AUGUUAGGUGGGUUUUUCGGACAAUUCACCGUUUACAAUAGAAACAAACACUCUAGACCAGGCUUGUCUGGUGCCAACCACUCAAACAUUGGCGCCGGUAAGACUACUUUUAUUUUUGCUGAUGAGUACCGUGAGCCAGUUAGGCGUGCGUCUACAACUUCUGAAUCAGAACUGACGGCAUCAUCGUCUGCGUCUGAAAAUAUAACUGCUCACGAUUCACUACCUGCAGCUGGACUGCCCAAGAGAGCAGCUACGGAAAUGAACCCUAACAUGGUGGAUAUAUCAACGUUAAGUCAAGGAGAAUUUGAAAGAUUAAAGGCUACAUUAAGAAAGGGGUCCCCUAACAAUAGAGUAAACUUCUGA